AUGGUCAUCACAUCGGGUGGUGGUGUGACAACCCGGGCACAAAGCAGGUCUGAGGGAACGAUUCAACGGCACACCAAGCAGGACCAAGGUACCGAGUACAUGAACCCGCAGCGUCAUAGCGAAGCACUUCACCGACAGUUGCAGCUUUCGGGUGCCCCACGUCGUGGCGGCAAGCUCAGCAAGAAAGGUAUCUGCUACAAGACCUCAAACAGCCGCCGGCGGACCAGCCACAACCUGCCCGCCCCUCCCGGCGUUGGUCAGCGCCACAUUUUGCAAUUCACGCAACAGAAGCUACACCGGCGUCAGCAGGUUGAUGGACCGAUGGGCAAGUAG